AUGCUCUUGUCGGUUGUUGUCACCGGCCAUGAACCCGGACUUGUGCAGCUGGUGAAUUACUACAGGGGAGCAGACAAGCUGUGCCGCAAAGCAUCUCUGGUGAAGCUAAUCAAGACAAGCCCUGAACUAUCGGAGUCCUGCACGUGGUUCCCUGAGUCGUACGUGAUUUACCCAACAAACUUGAAGACCCCUGUGGCUCCAGCACAGAAUGGAAUUCACCAUCUCAUAAACAACACAAGGACAGAUGAGCGGGAGGUCUUCCUGGCAGCUUACAACAGGCGGCGGGAAGGCAAAGAAGGCAACGUCUGGAUCGCCAAGUCCUCAGCUGGUGCCAAAGGGGAAGGGAUCCUGAUUUCUUCAGAGGCUGCAGAGCUCCUGGACUUCAUCGAUGAGCAGGGACAAGUGCACGUGAUUCAGAAAUACCUGGAGAAGCCUCUGCUUUUAGAGCCAGGGCAUCGCAAGUUUGACAUCAGGAGCUGGGUUCUCGUGGAUCAUCAAUAUAAUAUCUACCUCUACAGAGAGGGUGUCCUGCGGACCUCUUCCGAACCAUAUAACAGUGCUAAUUUCCAGGACAAAACCUGCCACUUGACCAAUCACUGCAUUCAGAAGGAAUAUUCCAAAAACUACGGGCGGUAUGAGGAAGGGAAUGAAAUGUUCUUUGAGGAGUUCAACCAGUAUCUGAUGGAUGCCCUGAACACAACGCUUGAGAAUAGCAUCUUACUGCAAAUCAAACACAUAAUAAGAAGCUGCCUUAUGUGUAUAGAGCCUGCGAUUAGCACGAAGCAUCUUCACUACCAGAGCUUCCAGCUCUUUGGCUUUGACUUCAUGGUGGAUGAGGAGCUGAAGGUCUGGCUGAUAGAAGUCAAUGGGGCCCCGGCGUGCGCCCAGAAGCUGUAUGCAGAGCUCUGCCAAGGAAUUGUGGAUGUAGCCAUCUCUAGCGUUUUCCCCCUCAGUGACACUGGGCAGAAGACAAGCCAGCCAUCAUCGAUCUUUAUCAAGCUGUGAUGACAACAGGACUGCCUCUGCUGUGC